AUGGCGCCCGUUGGUACAGCAUCGAACUUCGACAAUGCAGCCCUGCAAGCCCGCCAGAGGCUUCAGGGAGCCGCUGGUCCCAUGGCCCUCGUCAGGAACGCAAAGGUCUUCGGUAUCGCGUGUUUCGCCUGUCUCGGUGGUCUGCUUUAUGGUUACAAUCAGGGCGUCUUCUCUGGCGUGCUCGCCAUGAAGAACUUCAACAAGCACAUGGGUGUAUACACCUCUGACCAGACCAAGAAGGGUUGGCUCACCUCCAUCUUCGAACUCGGCGCAUGGCUCGGUACAUUGUACUCUGGUUUCCUCGCUGAGAUCCUGUCCCGCAAGUACGCUAUUCUAAUCAACACUGGUAUCUUCAUCAUCGGCGUCGUCAUUCAGACUACUGGUGUGACCUCUGCUGGUGCCAGCUCCAUUCUUGGUGGUCGCUUCAUUACCGGUAUGGGUGUCGGUAGCUUGUCCAUGAUUGUCCCUAUGUACAACGCAGAGUGUGCCCCUCCAGAGGUCCGCGGUGGUCUAGUCGGCCUCCAGCAGCUCGCCAUCACCACCGGAAUCAUGAUUGCUUUCUGGAUCGACUACGGCACGAAUUUCAUCGGCGGCACCGGUGACAGCCAGUCUGAGGCUGCUUGGCUCGUACCCCUCUGCCUCCAGCUCGCUCCAGCUCUCAUUCUUGGUAUCGGCAUACUCUUCAUGCCCUUCUCGCCAAGAUGGCUAGUUCACCACGGUCGCGAGGCGGAGGCUCGCAAGACUCUUGCAUCACUCCGUGGCCUGUCCUCUGACCACGAACUUAUCGAGCUGGAGUACAUGGAAAUCAGAGCUCAGUCCAUGUUCGAGAAGCGUACUGUCGCCGAGCAUUUCCCGCAUCUGGCUGACGGCUCCGCCAUGUCGACCAUCAAGCUCCAGUUCGUCGCCGUCGCCUCGCUUUUCAAGAGCAAGCCUAUGCUCCGCCGUGUUGCUCUCGCUACCAUUACCAUGUUCUUUCAACAGUGGACCGGUAUCAACGCCAUUCUGUACUACGCACCACAGAUCUUCGGUGGCCUCGGUUUGAGCUCCACCUCGACAUCCCUCUUAGCCACUGGCGUGGUCGGCAUUGUCAUGUGGCUCGCCACUUUCCCUGCUGUAGCUUACGUCGACAAGUUGGGCCGCAAGCCAAUUUUGAUCUCUGGUGCCAUCGGUAUGGGUGCCUGCCAUUUGAUCGUUGCCGGUAUCAUGGGCUCCUUCCAAUAUGACUGGCCUCACCACGUUGGCGCUGGAUGGGCUGCGAUCGUGAUGGUCUGGCUAUUCGUCGUCUUCUUCGGUUACUCCUGGGGUCCAUGUGCCUGGAUCGUCAUUGCUGAGAUCUGGCCCAUCUCUCAGCGCCCAUACGGUAUCGCUCUUGGCGCCUCCAGCAACUGGAUGAACAACUUCAUUGUCGGCCAGGUCACUCCAGACAUGUUUACAGGUAUCACUUACGGUACCUUCAUCCUGUUCGGUAUCCUUAUCAUGAUGGGCGCUGCCUUCAUAUUCUUCUUCUUCCCCGAGACUAAGGGACUCUCUCUUGAAGAAAUGGACAUCCUCUUCGGCUCUGUCGGCGUGGCAGCUGCUGAUGCCGAGCGUAUGCGUGAGAUCAACCGUGAGGUCGGUCUUGACAACGCCGUUCGUAACGCCAGCGUCGACCACACUAGUGGACUCGAGAAGCCGGUUCUUGACGAGAAGAUUGCACACACCGACAGUGACUAG